AUGUGGACGGGUGUAAUUGUUACUUGGGAAUAUAUACAAGCAUUUUUUAUGCUUAUUUAUUAUUGGAUUAAAGCAUUGUUAUGUAUUUUAUUUGUGCAAAAUUUACGAAAAAGUGUUCGAAAUGAAAUUAUUCUUAUCACUGGAGCGGGUUCUGGACUUGGUCGUGGUGUAGCCAAACGACUUGCAUCACUUGGUGCAACCGUAGUUCUAUGGGAUGUUAAUGAAAAAGGCAAUGAAGAAACAAAACAACAAAUACUUGAUGAAUGGCCUGGUGCUAAAGCUUAUUCAAUGAAAGUUGAUUUAUGUAAUCGAGAAGAUAUUUAUCGAGUUGCUCAACAAGUCAGAGAUCAAGUUGGAGAUGUAACAAUGGUAAUUAAUAAUGCCGGUGUAGUCAGUGGAAAAUCAUUAUUGGAUCUUGAUGACGCAUCAAUUCAACGUACAUUUGAUGUUAAUGUUAUUGCUCAUUUUUGGGUUCUUAAAUCAUUUCUUGGUCCAAUGUUAGCUUCAAAUCAUGGUCAUAUUGUUACAAUUGCUUCUAGUGCUGGUAUAUUCGGUGUCAGUAAAUUAACUGAUUAUUGUUCAUCAAAAUUUGCCGCUAUUGGUUUACAUGAUGCAUUAACAGCUGAAUUAAAACAAAUGAAAAGAGAUGGAAUUCAAACAACAGUUGUUUGUCCAACAUUUAUUAAUACUGGAAUGUUUCAAGGUGUUUCAACAUCAGCAACUUGUGUUAGAGUACUUAAUGAAAAUUAUGUUUGUGAUUCUAUUGUUAAUGCUAUACGAAGAAAUAAACGUUUUAUUAUGUUACCACCACAUACAACUUUAUUUUAUAUUCUUAAAGGAUUAACACCUGAUGAAUGUCUUGAUAGAUUUAUGAGAUUUUUUGGUUUAUCAAAUGCAAUGGAUACAUUUGUUGGUCGAAAAUAA